AUGCUGGGGAAAGCUGAGGGUGGGAGUGUGGAAAGCAAAGGAGGCAGCGGAGGAGGGCACAGGGUAAAAGAGAAGGUGCGAGCACAAAAUAAUACAGACAGGGACAACUCGUGUCACUUGAUUCACUAUCUGAGACUCAGCCAUCACUUGAUAGUUCUGAAUUAUUUGAUUUGUACCUUUGACAAGCUGAAGUCUGUCUCCUCCGAAGACAUUAACAUCACGGAUGCUGUUUUUGAUGGCGUGGAAGUCAGAGUGUUUGAACCGCCUGCGAAGCGAGAUGAAAGGCUCAAGCGCAGCGUUGUUUACAUCCACGGAGGGGGCUGGGCCUUGGCAAGUGCAAGAACAAGCCUUUAUAACAAUCUCUGCAGAAUCAUGGCUGAAUCUCUCAACGCUGUCGUUGUCUCAGUUGAAUACAGGCUGGUACCAGAGGUGUGCUUCCCAGAGCAAUUCCACGAUGCUCUUCGUGCUACUAAGCAUUUUUUGCAGCCUGAUGUCUUAGCUGAGUAUUCAGUUGACCCAAGUCGAAUUGCAAUUUCUGGCGAUAGCGCAGGAGGAAAUUUGGCAGCUGCUGUGUGUCAGCAGCUUAGCAAAGAUGAGCAUUUGACCAUCAGACCAAAACUGCAGGCCUUAAUUUACCCAGUCCUUCAGGCAUUUGACUUCAAUACACCUUCUUAUCAGCAGAACAUGAAUAUGCCCGUUCUGCCUCGUUAUGUCAUGAUCAACUAUUGGAUAGAUUAUUUCAAUGGUAAUUAUGACUUGGCUCACUCGCUGCUGAUUAACAACCACACUGCUCUUGACGUUGGCCAAGCUCUCUCUUUCAGAGGACGUCUGAACUGGACAUCUCUACUGCCUUCGUCCUUCAAAAAGAACUACAAGCCUGUGAUACAAACCACAGGCAAGGCCGAAAUCGUCCAGCAGAUACCAGCGCUGCUUGAUGUACGGGCAGUCCCGCUCCUUGCGGAAAAUGAAACUCUGCAGCUGCAGCCAAAGACUUACAUCCUGACCUGUGAGAACGACGUCCUGCGAGACGACGGGGUGAUGUACGCCAAGCGCUUGGAGAAAGCCGGUGUGGAAGUCACGCUCGAUCACUUUGAUGACUGCUUUCAUGGCUGUAUGAUAUUCACCAUUUGGCCUACUGAUUUCUCUGCGGGCAUUCAGACCAGAAACAGCUAUAUAAAAUGGCUGGAUGAAAACCUCUGA